AUGGUUGGAGGAUCACAAGUCCACAUUUUUUGGGGUGCUCCAGUUCUUCCACUGAAGAUGACAGCAUCACAAAAGCCAACUUUGUUAAAAUCUACUGCCAACCCUUGGGAAAAAAUCAAACUUUUGUAUGACCAUCAGUCUUUCCAUUUGAAGGAUGAAAAAUUCAAACACAUCAACCUUAAAAAUUGUCAACUUGUAGACAGUGUUGGCCCUCCAGAUUCUAAUAGCCAUUGUUCAGUGGACUCCAACAAAAGAUCUGUCCAUUUGGAAGAUGAAUUUAUAUGUUAUUGUUCUGAGACACAGGCCACAAAACCCCAGAAUAGCCCCCUGUCAGCGAUGCAUGAUAUAGUGGAUCCCAGUGUACAAGUAAGUGGAUUUAAGGACAGAGUUCAACAUUUAACUGAAGAACAAAAAUUUGUCAGUGAAAAUGAGAAAAUCCUAGUUAAAGAGCAUAAAAAUCAAUCAAAUAGCUGCGUUCCAAACUUUAAUAAAACAACUGUACAGUUAGAUCAUAAAUGCACAGCUAUACUUGAUUUGGUCUGUACUACCAAACAAAUUAAUAUAGGGCCAGAAGUUACAAAAACUGUGUGUGCGCCAAGAGCACAUUAUGAAAUGCUGGAAUUCUUUCCCUCUAAAACAGUCGACAAGUCAGGAUCUAAAGAAGCCAUUAAGAAGGUCUCAAACUUUACAGUAUCAACUGAUACUGAAUUUCUCAGUGUAAUGACCUCUAGCCAGGUUGCUUUUUUAGCUCAGGGGAUAUAUAAAAAGCAGAAUUCACUUAAUAAAGGGACAAUAAACAUAGAGACUGGAUCAAAAGCAAGUCAUGAGGAAAUAAGUGUAACAGAAGAUAAUUUGAUUCAGCUUAGUGAUGAUUUUGUAGAAGGAUGUGAAAAUAGACAAAAUGAAGCAUGCUCUCUGGAACUCUUUAGUCCUGUUUGUCCUGAAAUGAAAAGUAACCACAGUCUCAUAACCUCUGAGAAGGAUCUUAAAGAUCAGAAAUAUUCCAGUUCUGAAGAACACCUGCCACCAAAUGAGGUCUGUAUUGAGCCAUGUAGCUCAGGAAUACUGUGUUCCCAGCUCACUGUCUUUCAUAAAAGUUCUGUUAAAAGAAACUGCAUGUCUGAAGAAAAACCAGGCCAUUCUAAGUCUCUGUCUAAAGUCUUCCAAGUAUCUAAAAAAACGAAGUUGCUUUCUAAUGCAAGAAAACCUACUGUGAAACUAGACCAGAAGAAUGGGUCUGAAUUUAAGCAUAGUAGAAAAACAACUUUAAUAAAGAAUUGUGAUUAUAAGAAUCAGAAGUAUAAUUGUUUAGUCUUGGUAUUGUCUCCAUGUCAUGUGAAAGAAAUAAACAUAAAAUCAGGACCAAAUGCUGGUUCUAAAGUACCUUUAGCCACAAUUACAGCAAUCGACCAAUCGGAAGUUAAGAAGAAAGUUUUUUUGUGGCGGACAGCAGCGUUUUGGGCACUAACUGUGUUUCCUGGAGACAUCGUUUUACUCACAGAUGUUACUAUUUAUGAGGAUCAGUGGGCUGGUGAGACAGCACUACAGUCAACAUUUUCCAGUCAGUUGCUGAAUCUUGGGCGUUACUCAUCUGUCCAGCCUAAAGAAUAUUCCAGAAAGCUUAGUGCUAUUGAACUUCAAGACUUGCUGGACUAUGUGUCUUUAAAACAUUCCUGUCUCAGAGAUCUUCCUUGGAGACAGCCUCAGAAAGUGAAUAGUAUAGCCUUCGUGGAACUGGAGCGUCUGCAGCCUGACAUACUGGUCCAUGCAGUACUAAGAAUUGUUGAUAUCAUGAUACUGACAGAAGAAUUAUAUAAUUAUAGAGGACAGAAGCAAAGAAAAGUUGUGUUAACAGUGGAGCAGGUCCAAGGUCAACAUUAUGUGCUUGUUUUAUGGGGUCCUGGAGCAGCCUGGUACCCUCAGCUUCAAAGGAAGAAAGGAGUAGUUCUUAUCAAAGCUCAGAUUUUAGAGUUGGUGUUUCCUGUUACAUCAGUCCAGAAGAGAAAUGUAGCCUUCAACGCCCAGAGUUCUCUGAAGGAUAUUUUAUCUUCUCUUCCCAACAUUACAUAUACAGGCUGUGGAAAAUGUGGAUUGGAAUUAGAAACUGAUCAGAACAAGAUCUACAAACAAUGUUUCAACUGCUUACCAUUUUUUAUGAAGAAAAUAUACUAUAGGCCAGCUUUAAUGACUGCUGUUGAUGGAAGACAUAAUGUUGUCAUUCAGGUGGGCUCAAAACUGAUAGCGAAGAUUAUCCUCAACAUUUCUCCUGACUGGCUGAGCAAAGUUAUAGUACCCACCUCAGGAAUCACCUAUGGGAUGGUGGCCGCUGACUUGCUCCACAGCUUGUUGGCGCUCAGUGGGGCACCAUGCCUACUGAAGAUUCAGAGCCUUUUUAUGUUAGAUGAAAACAGCUACCCACUGCAACAAGAUUUCUACCUCCUGGAUUUUUACCCUGAGAUUACAUGA